UCCUUGUUAGUAGUGGCACAACAGCCUGGCCUGAAACUACUUUCUGCGUGUAACAUGCCCUGCGUCAGAUGAUACAAAACAUUUCAAAGUUUUUUUUAAGAAGUUAACAAUUGUGAACAAUGAGUCGUGUAGAUAUAAAAAUUGUGUUACUCGGCCACGAAUAUGUUGGCAAAACUAGCCUAAUGCAGCGUUUUGUAAAUGAUCGAUUCAACGAAAGUCUUUCCUAUCAAAAUACUAUUGGUUCAGCGUUUGCUUCUAAAGAAAUGCAAUUGGACAAUAAAAAGCUUGUUUUAGGAGUUUGGGAUACAGCAGGUAGUGAGAGGUAUCAAGCUAUGGCAAAAAUAUAUUACAGAGGAGCUGCUGCUGCUAUUGUAUGUUUUGACCUUACAAAUCCAGAAUCAUUUGCUAGGGCCAAGUUUUGGAUGAGAGAAUUGAGAAGCAUUGAAGAAAAUUGUGUAGUAUAUUUAUGUGGAACAAAAAAAGACCUUAUUGAUGCAGAUCCCAAAUUAGCAAAUCCUCAAAUAGACAUUGUUAAUAGAUAUGCAGAUGGAGUCCAAUGUAAAUUUUUCCUAACUUCAAGUAAAUCAGGAGAAAAUGUUGCUGAAGUAUUUAAUGCUAUUGCUAAAGAUUAUCUGGCAUCAAAUCCAACUAAUUCUAAAUCAGUUGGAAAUUUUAUUACGCUUAAGGAAGAAAGCAAACAGUCUCGCUGCUGUUUUGUGUGAUAAUUUUUGAAUUUUAUUUUGUUUCAUAAAUUUUUCUAGACUGAAAAUUCACUGUGAAAAUAUGCUUUACUGACAUGAUACAUUUUGAGCGUCCACACUCAUGACCCAAAAAAAUGUAUCAUGAAUAUUAAGUGAUAAUACUCAUAAGUUUAUAUAAAAAAGUAUAAUACAAUUACUCUCAAAGAGCAUACAGUCAUAUAGACAUAUUACAAUUUUUGAGAAAGUUCCAUUAAAAUUAAAAAAGUAUCGUUUUAAAUUAUACUUUGAAA